GUUACUUUUUCCUGUAUGACUGAAAUUCAAUGGCACCCAGGGAAAUGCUUGACGCAAAACAUUCUUAAGAAAAAGCCCAAGAAGGGUUCAAAGAACGCAAAACCUAUUACAAAGACUGAAAACUGUGAGAGUUUCUUCAAUUUCUUCAAUCCACCACAAGUUCCUGAAGAUGAUGAAGAUAUUGAUGAAGAUAUGGCCGAGGAACUUCAGAAUCAGAUGGAGCAAGACUAUGAUAUUGGGUCAACAAUAAGGGAUAAGAUUAUACCUCAUGCUAUGUCAUGGUUUACUGGUGAGGCCAUUCAGGGAGAGGAGUUUGGAGACCUGGAAGAUGAUGAUGAAGAUGACAUUGAAGAGGAUGAUGAAAAGGAUGAUGAUGAUGAGGAAGAUGAGGAUGAGGAUGAAGAAACCAAGACCAAAAAGAAGCCAUCACAUAAGAAAGGUGGAAGAGCACCGGUUGGUGAAGGUCAACAGCGUGAGCGACCUCCAGAGUGCAAGCAGCAGUAGAAGUUUAUCUAUUAUGAUUUAUGCAGUAGCUGAAAGCUUUCUUAUUGGAGAAUGUCUGUUGAAAUAGUGGGGUUCAUGCGGUUUUGUUUUAUGAUGCUUAAUUCAUUUUUCUCUUUUAAGGUCUUGGUAGUUUGAAUUGUUGGUCUCCAUUCUCCUAUUUUUCCUACAUGUUUUGGAGAGAAUGUUGUUAUAUAGUGUUAGGAUGCUAUGAUUGUUAUUGCUGGACUUUGUAUUUGUGUCUCGUAUACUCCAAAUAUAUAGUGGGAGUUUGUGGUUUA